GUGGAUUUUCUCUACACAGAUCUAGCGUUAGCUGUGCGCUACCCCUAACUGACAAGAAGUUGAACAGAUUCGGCACCCUUGGUGGCCUUGCUUCCCCCCCUCCAGCAACAGGAUUCUGCUGUUUCUCACAGAAGAACUCCUCGUUCUCCCAGCAGUGAUGACUGACACCAUGUUUGGCAGUGGCAAUGAUCAGUGGAUCUGCCCCAAUGACAGACAGCUAGCACUGAGGGCAAAGCUUCAGACUGGCUGGUCUGUGCACACGUACCAAACCGAGAGACAAAGAAAGAGUCAGGUGCUGGAGAAGCAAGAGCUGGACGUCAUCCUGAGUGUCAUCCGCAGGGCCGAGCAGCUGGACCAGCUGGAGCAGCACAGGAUUGGGCGUCUGGUGGAGCGUCUGGAGAACAUGCAGAGGAGUGCGGUGGGGAACGGCCUGUCCCAGUGCCUGCUGUGUGGGGAGGUGCUGGGGCUGCUGGGCGCACCGUCAGUGCUGUGCCAGGACUGCUGCAAGAAAGUGUGCACAAAGUGUGGCAUUGAGACUGCGACCAGUCAGAGGAGACUCCAUUGGCUGUGCAAGAUCUGCAGUGAACAGCGAGAGGUGUGGAAGCGCUCGGGCGCCUGGUUCUACAAGGCUCUACCCAAACACCUGCGGCCCGUGAAGGAGGGAGUUCUCGGGUGCAGGGUGCCGACUGAGGAGAGAUGUGACCCCAAGGUAGCCAGCAGUUUGCAAACCAACCGUACCUACAAGUGGGCUAAUAGCAAAGUGGUGUCCAGUGAGAGUGAAGACAGUGACUCGGAGCUCAGCAUUGGUAGUGGAGAACUCAAGGCCUUCGCUCCAGACUGCAGGCUUCGGAGAGGAUCAGAGUCCAGCGGCGGCUCCAGUCUGGUCCGGGUGCACGCUCCCAUCAGCCUCGGCAGCGCCGUCCUGUCCGAGAGCCACUCCAGCCUGGCCAGCGAGCGCGGCAGCCUGCCCCCGGCCACCGAGGACGAGGACACCGACCACGGACGCCUCUCUCACACGCCGCCGCCGCCGGCCCUCAGCCGCGCCGGCUCCCUGCGCUCCUCCUCCGCCGCCGCCAGCCAGCAGUCCGACGGGCCCGGCGAGCAGCCGCGCGGCGAUGACGACCCGGACCGAGCCUUCGGCGCCGGAGCGGCCGCACCGCCAGCCGCCAGCCGGAGGGACGAGGAGCCGGAUGUGGAGGGCUACGACUCCGACGACUCCACUACCUUGGGCACUCUAGACUUCAGUCUACUCUACGACCAGGAGAACAACGCUCUCCACUGCACCAUCAACAAAGCCAAGGGACUCAAACCAAUGGAUCACAACGGGCUCUCUGAUCCCUAUGUGAAGCUGCACCUGCUGCCCGGAGCCAGUAAGGCCAACAAGCUCCGGACCAAGACCCUCCGCAACACCCUCAACCCUGUUUGGAGUGAGACCUUGACCUACUAUGGCAUCACUGAUGAGGACAUGGUCCGCAAAACACUCAGGAUUUCAGUGUGUGACGAGGACAAGUUCCGCCACAAUGAAUUCAUCGGAGAGACUCGGAUUCCCUUGAAGAAGCUGAAGCCCAACCAGACCAAGAACUUCUACAACUGUUUAGAGAAACAGCUGCCUAUUGAUAAAACAGACGAUAAAUCCCUGGAGGAGAGGGGAAGGAUUAUGAUUUCGCUGAAGUACAGCUCCCAGAAGUCUGGCUUGGUGGUGGGGAUUGUACGCUGUGCCCAUCUUGCUGCAAUGGAUGCUAAUGGUUUCUCCGACCCCUAUGUUAAAACGUACUUGAAACCAGAUGAGAACAAAAAGUCAAAGCACAAGACCACUGUCAAGAAGAAAACCCUUAAUCCUGAGUUCAAUGAGGAGUUCUUCUAUGACAUCAAAUAUGCUGACCUCACCAAAAAGACACUGGAAGUCACAGUCUGGGAUUACGAUAUUGGGAAGUCAAAUGAUUUCAUUGGCGGAGUAUCGCUGGGAAUCAACGCAAAUGGAGAGAGGCUGAAGCACUGGUUCGACUGUCUCAAAAACAAGGACAAGAAAAUCGAGCGCUGGCACACUCUAACCAAUGAACUUCCUGGUUCUGGAGUGAACGAUUGAAGAAGACUCGUGAAACGUCAGCACUGUUGGAGCAAACACCGUAACUGUCCCUCGUUGUGUUGAUGUGAGCCCAGUCUCAAGAGACAUGACAUCCUCCAGCAGAUUUCUGGCUCAGAGGUGGGUGUUGAGCCAAUCUCCUCCCAAAUAAUUAAAAAAAAAAAAAAAAAGUUGGUUAAGUUGCUCUCUUUACAUUGUUUCUGUAGUCUGAUGUCAGGGCUCAGCAUAGAUCCACAAAACAAAUUGUGUCAUCAAAAAACGUAGGAACCUCUUAAGUGAAAAUGUACACCUCCUUUUAAAAGGCCAGGCAUGAUGUCAGCGACCCUUCUUUCCUCCCCGUUCUCAACUGACCAACUAUUAGAAUGAUUUAUCUUCAGAACUCAAGCUCAAGAUUCAUCUGUUGUUUACACAAUGUACAGUAGGCUGCAGUUCAACAUUCCUCCGCUGCCUGUUUGGUACCUAAGUACGUUGGGUGUGGACUUGAGAAAGCUCUGUGAUUUUUGUACGCCUCCGUGGUUUUGCACUGGUCAUAUUCCUCAGUCAGUCAGUUGUCAAAAAAGUGAGUGAUCAAGGUUUGUUGGGUUUCAUUUGUUUUUAUAUCAAUUUUGUGGAGUAUCUUGUUGCUUUAAUGUUUUUGUUUUUUUUAAGGUAGAGUAUAAUCGAAGAACCCUGUCAAUAUACAAAAUAUAUCAAAUGAAUGUAAAUUAUUAAGCAUUUUUUUCUAUGGUGUCUAAGUGUGCACCCAAGUGCUGUACGUAACAGGGAACAGAGCACACAGACAUUCUAAGUGAACAGCAGUGUCAGUGAGGAUAUUCAGAAAACUGAUUUUGUUACCAUUUCUAAAUUCCAGAAAAUUAGGAAAAUAACCCCGCCACCAUAGCUAUGAGCUUCUCAUUAAGAAAUAUUAGCCACAAAGCCAUGUGGUAUGUAAAGGAAAGUGAGCAUCCAUUUGCCAUGUUUGAUAAAGCCUUGGCUUGGCUUGACCUCCACAACACACAAAGUUUCAAUGUGCCAAGGUCCCUGUGGAAAGUUCCUAUUGUAUUUGAGAUUAUUUGUGCUUUGUCAAAAAAUUGAAUGGUCAAGAAAAAAAUAUAGGAGACGUGGACAGCCAUGACUGAUAUACAGUACAUAUUCAUCACAUAAGUAUUAUCUCUUCUUUUUGUUUAUGUGUGAGUGUAAACAUUGUGUCUUUUAAUAGUAACAAAUAUCAUGUAUUAACUGUUCAUUUAGUCGUCAGCUUCUCUGUAACUAUUGUGUGUGAGUUUUAGCCUAUUCUUAGAAGUUUAGACAGCUUAGCCAUUUUAGCUUCCACGGCAAACAUAUAUCGCAACACUAUACAUUACAUACAUGUUCAUGAAUUUAUGCUUUUCAUUUUAUUUUUGUUGUUCUUGUUGUUAUAUUUUUUUUUACCUUAUCUGGUCAGGCUCCAAUCUCUUACACAAUCAAACAGCAUGGAUACUGAAUUGAAUGGUUAGGAAUGAGCUGCAUGGGCUACUAUGCUAGAAUGGCAGCGCGGUGCCACACUACUGCCGGCAUUCAUUUUAAUCGCUUUGACCACUGCAAAGCCCAAGUUGAGCUCCGGCCUGCAAGGAUGUCUGUGCACCUACUCCGUACUACUACAGACCUUUCUGUCUUCUCAAUGCAUAUUCAGUACAACAGCCACACUUGUGACACUUUUGUAAUCUGUUUGCCUUUGUAUUCAAUCUCCAAACUACAGAAAUGCAUGCAAUGUUCAUGGUUUGUCACAAAAUGGCUUAAUGUUUGAUACUGCUGAUUUUUUUGUGAAAAAAAAAAAAAUCUGGAUGCUACAAAGAAUGUCAGUGUCUUUUCUUGGACAACGUUUUUGUACCUUUAAACGCUACUGCAUUGCCCGCCAGGCUGCUGUAUUAACCGGAGAUGCGACUGCAUGUGAAAGGUCUGUCUCUGUUUUGUUCCUUUUUUAACACUCAGGCAAUUGUUUGCAUAUUCUAGUGGUUCUCUGAUGAAAAACAAAACAAACAAAUGGACUCUCAACUCACCUUACUCUUGCACCAAUUCUGGCUGAAUUAUCGUGCCUUUUCUUAUGUAAGUGUGAUUUUUGCACCACUCACUUUACAGUAAUUCCUAGGUCUGUAUUAGCUUUUAAUAUGGAAAAUAUACAUAUUUCUAUUCCUGUCCCAAUAUUUGCCAGGCAGUGACACAUCGACGUUGUGUCAUUGCACUGGGUGUUGGCAGCAUUGAUGGCAAAGGUGCAAGGCUGAGGUGAACAGGGGACAGAUCCUGGUUUCUGGUAGAUGAUGAAAAGCCGUUAUAGAAUACAAUCAAGUUCUCUUGUAGCCUAUUUCAGCACAGCAUAGACGGAUAAGAUAUAAAUGUUAGUAAUGAACAGGUCAUAUGGAUGUGAGACGACUACCCAAAAACCUCACAAAAUCUUAUUCUAGCAUAGUUGAUAAACACUCUGACUAAUGAUCUCACAUGAAUCAGCAACAUUGAGUACUGUGUGUAACAAAACUGCUCUAUCAGAAACCUGAAUCUGAUAUUUUCGUUAUAAUGUCCUUUUCAGAGUAUUAUAUUUCUUUUUUUGUGAAUGGUGUGCAAUUUAUGUUUGACAACAGAAACCUGUGUCUAAUAAAGUAGAGAA